AUAUAUAUAUUCAGACAAAAGAAAAAUGAAAGUUCACGCGAAAGUGCAAGACUUAUGAUAUAAACGAUCAAGUAUAAAAUUUAAAAAUGAUUGACAACAGUGAGAUAAAAAGAAACAAAUAUAUGUAUUGUGGUUGAUCACAUUUUCAAAGAAAGUAUAGAAAUCAUAGAAAAAAAUGGCAAGAAUUAAUCACGCAUAUAUUUCAAUAAGCUUGCGACAACAACUAUUGCAGCUAUAUCCGAAAGAUAAUUUUUUUAAAGGAUUCGUACGUCUGUUCUCGUCUAAAAGUGCAAAUGAAGUCAGCGAGAGUCCGAGAAUGCGUGAAUUCAGAAAAAAAUUGCGCGAACGCGCUCCUAUAGAGAAAUUAGAAGAGAUGGAGGAGGGCAAACAUCCUUAUCAGGAGAAAGAACCUCUAAAACCGUUCCCGAACAAUACAAAUCCGGAGACGGGCGAAGUUGGAGGUCCCUGCGGACCAGAACCGACUCGUUACGGCGACUGGGAAAGAAAAGGCCGUGUGACAGAUUUUUAAUGUUAUUUAGUUUAUUGUUUGUUUAAUAAAUUAUAAAAAUUGCUCACAUCGAAACAUUGGGCGAUCCAAAUUUAUAUGAUUAAUAAUUUGUUUUAAAACACAAUGUUAUAUUAUUAAAAUUCAAUUAAAAAUUGUCUGUGUUAAUGCCAAAUCAACAACAUUUCUGUUAUAAAAAUCUUUUUUUUUGUAGAAAUGCUUUUGUAUUAGCGAGUUUGACAAACUCAGUGUUUAAAUUUUUACUGAAAUAUUAGUUAAAGUUAGUUUAAAAAGACACAUAAUUAGACUAACAAUGAAAGAAUUUAUAAGCAUAAGCAACAAGAACAAGUUUACUUAAAUUAUAAAAAAUUGGAGUAAAUAUGAAAUAAAAUUAGAUAUUUGUUAAAAAAUUUUGUAAUCUCUCGCAUCGAAACAUUCAACGCCAACUGUACUCUACAUAUAUUGUAUAUUAUAAAUUG